AGCCGUUUAUAUUUUUUGCUUAGCGGUGUAAUGGCAUGGUAUGGCCACGUGGUGACGAUCUGAAUAGUUUAGGUUCAAAUGUAUGACAACCGAGAAAGAACAAUACAGGCGGAGGUCUGCGCUCUCUGAGUGCUUUUCUAGUUUUUAAAGUAAACAUCAGAUGCUAUGUUACUUUGCCAAAAUAUAUGAACGAUUUAUAUAGCUUUUAGUCAGGAUUUUUUUUACAUUUUGGAAUAUACAAGAGAUCUGAAUGUCACAGGAAGGGACAAUAACCGAGCCACAGAGAGCAAAGGAGCUCCUGCCCUAGAGAGCCAGACUUCUACUCCAUUCAUCUGCUCACUAUACGUUACAACAGAGCUCUCUCAGACAUCAAACUUCUACCACAAGAGGAACACUUCUCAUCACUACCGGCAAGACUUGAAAAUCAGACAGACCAGAGGCAGUGAGCACUUGGAGGAGAGAGAGAAAGAGAGAGAGAGAGAGAGAGAGAGAGAGAGGACAUGUAGUGCGUGAACACGAGCGUGUGAAAUCGUGAGGGAGAAAGGGUGGAGCAACAGACCCUGCAUGGGGGAAGGGUAGGAGGAGACUGGGCUGAGAGGGCUCAGGCAGUAUCAGUUUCUCAGCCUCUCAUUUGUUUCUGUCAAAACUUUUUUUUUUACAACAAUUUGUAAGAAGUGUUUUGUUCGAGCUGUGGUGAGUAAUACAUAAUGGGAAGAAAGGACAAUUCCUCUGACUGAUGUGCAUUCAUGCUAAAGGAGUUGAAGAAAACAAUAUUUCAGUUUGAAUGAGUUGAUUGACUAGAGCACAGGACCACACUGUUUUUAAGCUCUCUUUUCCCGUUGGCUUUAAGCCCAUUAUGUCUCUUGGCAUCAGCAUGCUGGUGUUUCCUCUUUCUCUCUUCCGACGAUGAGUCAUACCAGUGGAUUAUGAGUUGGAUUACAAAUGAGAUUGGAUUAUGGGAUGUCUUUAUGCGGGAGCUAUUAUGCCGGUAAGAAGAUCUUUUUUUACCACAUGGCAACAUUGAUGUGAUGCCUGCUGAUAACCACUGUAAACUGAGUGGUCCACAUGACCGCUGAGUAAUCAGGAAAUAGACUGACAAAACAUCUCAACCAUCAUGAUAUGCAUAUAUAAGUCUAAAAUCUAAAUAUAGAACUCUCCACAUUUGUGAUGCAGUAAAUAUUUAUUUACAUUUCAAUGGAAAAAAAGCCAACAUUUUUGUUUUUGACAACCAUGUUUUUUUCGAAACCGACUACUCAUAGGUCUUCCUUCCGUCACACCACAUUAAGUGUAGACAAGCCCUUACAAGAGGGUUGGUACCCUCUAUAAUCAGGUCAAUCACCUGUCUCUCUAAAGACCAAUAAGGUAAAUCCACAGUCAUAUUACAUGCUCAGUGCUACAAGACACCUCAAGCAUAGGAGGAUAGGCGGGGUUAUUUGGAGUCAACCAGUGGGACCAGAGACAAACUGUUAGUCCCCAGAACAUGGCGACAGGAAGUGCUGGCCUGCUGUCCGGACGAGGACUGCGGCGCGAGGUCUCCGAGUCGACCCCGCCGCAGCCGCCCACCAGCUCGGAGCGCAAGCUGCUGGAGAAGGUCCUGAAGAGGCUGGACAAGCUCCACCGGCUGAGCGUGGACGCGCGCAUGGCCCUGCGCAACAGCCCGCCCUACCUGCCCGACUUGGUGACCGAGACGGCCACACUGCUGACGGACAUGUGGGCGCCCUACCGAGGCCCAGUGGUGGGAAUCCCGAGGGCCGACGAAGGGGAGUACCUGCGGGUCCACGUUAAGCACCUGCUGUAUAAGACGGACCGGGCUGUCCUGCUGUUCAAAGAGGGCCGCGAGAAGAUGUUCGAGGAGACCUCCAGCUGCAGGAGGAACCUGACAAAGCUUUCACUGCUGCUCAGCCAUAUGCUGUGUGAAAUGCGGGCCUUGUUUCCAGAGGGAAAGUUUCAAGGUGACACAUACAGACUGACCAAAUCAGAGGCUGGGAAUUUCUGGAGGAGGGCCUUUGGAAACAAAUGCAUUGUGCAGUGGAGAAUCUUUAAGGAACACCUGAGGAGAGUCCAUAGCUUUGAGGAGGGUAUGGAAGCCAUGGCUCUCAAGUCCACAGUGGACCUCACCUGUAAUGACCACGUCUCCAUCUUUGAGUUUGACAUCUUUACCAGGCUCUUUCAGCCCUGGUCCACCCUGUUAAGAAACUGGAAUCAGCUGGCUGUCACACACCCCGGUUACAUGGCCUUCUUGACCUACGACCAGGUCAGAGCGCGUCUGGACCACUACCGACAUCGCCCCGGGAGCUACAUCUUCCGCCUGAGCUGCACUCGGAUGGGGCAGUGGGCCAUUGGGCACGUAGCCAUGGAUGGGAGCAUAGUGCAGACCAUCCCCCAGAACACACCCCUGUACCAGGCUCUUCUGCAAGGCUUCAGAGAGGGCUGCUACCUGUAUCCUGAUGGGCGUGAUGUGAACCCUGACCUUUCGGCGCUGUGUGAACCUGCACAGAGGGGAAAAGUUAAAGUCACAGAGGAGCAGUAUGAGCUUUACUGUGAGAUUGGCAGCACUUUCCAGCUGUGUAAGAUCUGCGCAGAGAGGGACAAAGACACACGCAUUCAACCCUGUGGCCACUUGCUGUGCCAGCCCUGUCUUAACGGGUGGCAGAAGUCAGAUGGGCACACCUGUCCAUACUGCCGCUGUGACAUCCGAGGGACCGAGUCUGUCCUCAUCGAGCCCUACCUGCCCGGCCAAGGCAGCGGGGCCUUCGUGGAAGAGCCAGAGGAUGAGGACGAGGAAGACCACGAGGAUGUGCAACAAGUGAUGAAGAAGCUGGCCUCCAUGAAAAAGAAGGCGUCGGAAGACUAUCAGACCCCAAGUAGACCAGUGGACUCCAGUCUCAUGCCGCCUCCGCUGCCUCCAAAACUCACCUCCUCGUCUCCAUGCCCCUCCCCGAGACUCCCACCUCGGUCCCCAAUGGCAGAAGCGCGUGCCAAUCAUUCAAACAACAGAGUGCAGAGCAAUGAUCAGAGGAGGAAGUCAUCUGCAAUGAAAGUCCAAAAGGAAGAGCACUGCAGAGGUGAAUGGGAGAAUUCUGGGAGCUCUUCUACCCCAUUCACCCGUUCACCCUCCCAAAAUAGUGAAGACUCAAACUCUGAAUCAAGCAGGCCAUCGUCCUCCCAGUCUGGCAAAAGCAAUGAUGUGCCUUGGUCAGGGUCCUCAUCCUCAUCCUCAGGGAGAAAGAAGAGAGACAAAGUGCGGGGAAUGACAGAGGACAGAAGUGGGAGGGAGGAUAGAUCGAGUGAAGAACUUGGGACUCAUACGGAGAGACAAAAACACAUGUCGUCUUGACAAUCAUUUUAACACCAUCGUACUACAAUACUUCUGACUUGAAGGGAACAUGGACUGAAAGGCAAGCAACAAGUGCUAUCAGAUGACUAAAGAUUACAUUUACAAUACACAUUAACAAUAAUAUGUGUAUGAAUGUCUGCUAUGCAUAAAAAUCACCUGUUAAGACUGACUAAAUUCUAAUGUAAAAAUAUGAAAUGUAAAUUACCAAACUAAUGUUGCUUGGAAAUAGUGGUUAAAUCCUUGUUUUGUAUAGAAAAUGAUGGUUCUGAAACUUAUUUUAAUUUAUGUAUUAGCCUAUACGUUUACUUGUGUUUUGUAGGAAAGAGGUUAAAAUGAUAUUGAUGAUGUUUUGAGCCAAGGCACUACCUCAUAUUAUCAAAAGCACAAGCAAAGGUUUCAGAAACUAAUGGAAGCGGCAAAAAUGACAAGACAUAAUUCAAAAAGCAAACAUGCCAUGCUUCGGUAUAACUUAGCAUCUGACAAAAUACUUGCUCACUUGAAUGGACAUUCACCUGAUUCUAUUAAACCACUUUGUGCCUGA